CCCUGUCCCUGCCCCUGUGCCCUGAAUUUGUUACAAAUGUGGGGCGUACUGAGUGCUAUUUGUAACAGAGCAAGGGAGAGGGCGUGUGUGGGUGAGUGCACUUGCACUCGUCGGUCACGCAAAGCUUAAUCAAUGAAACCAGCGAGCACGUCGCUUAGGCUAAAUGGGGGAACUGCAAUGAGAGUAACAGUGGGGAGAGAGGAGAAUGAAGCUGCCAAAACGUGAAUACGGAACUAUUGAUUUUGCAAUGAGAGUGCGCGCGCAGCGCUCUGAUUUACACACACACACACGCUCACUCAUAUACGAAGAGCAGAGUAAGCCAGAAGUGGGAGAGUGACAAGUGGCGGCAUGUUGUCGGCGGUCAGGAUGAGAACGAAGCAGAGCCGAGCGACUGGGCUGCACUGAGGCAGCAGCAAUAAAAAUUCAUUCGCAGUGCGAAAAGUGUGCGAAGCCAAAUAGAAGGCAUUGCUAGGAGCAGCCUUGGCCAAAGUGUGAAAAUUUGCUAGAGCAGUUAAAGCGACGGCAGCUUGCAACAUUAAUAGCAAAUAAAAUUAAAUUAUGUUGUAAAAAUCUACAAUUGAAAGUUGAAGCAAAUCAAAGUUACGUUUUCGCCAUCAACCAUCGGCCAGCUUGCAGUGAAAACUAUCAAGUUUAAUUGUGUGUGCACACAACUUAAAAAUCGAUAAGCCCUAGGCACGUCUAUGAGCAUAUAUAGGUGACAAGUCCGAGGCAGCAGCAGCAGCAGCACAACGUGCACAGCUUGUGGAAUUUUGUAUGCGAAUUGGCCAUAAUCUCGUCAUAGCGCUACGCACAAGUCAAAUUACGUUAUAUAACAACGUGAACGGCGCAGGGAUUGCGUGGGCAGCGAUAGCGUAACGGCGAGUGAAAGAGAAGCAGCACACAUACGUACACACACACAUAUAUAUAUACAAAUCGAUAGACUGGCAAGAUGCGCUGCUAAUUGGUUUACACGCGAGGGAUUAGCUUUGGAAUAAUAGAACAAUCCUAGCCUGGUAAUUGCCUAAAAGUACAACGCCAACGUCAUGGGCAAGAAGAAAGUACCCGAGGAAGAGCUGGUAGUGCCGCCGCAGGAUAACCGCAUUUGCGGCACCAUUUGCAUCUGUCAGAUGACACUUGUGCUCAGCUCCGUGGCCUUGGUCUAUCUAACUGUAGCCAUCUAUAUGCCCUCCACGCGUGCCUUCAAGAGCGGCAUUGAUCCCACGCCCGUCAUGUGCACCACCACGCGCGCUGUGAACAAGGACAACUGCGAGUGGGGCAGCUGCGGCGAGUGGUGUCUGAGCAAAACCUCCGGCGCCUGCAUACAAAUCUAUGUGAAUUUGCGCAGCAAUGGCACAAAUCUCAGCUUCCAGAACUGCACGAAUUCAGCAAAUAAGACUUGUUACGGCAUCGACCAGGAUCGCGCAGACAAGGCGCGCUGCAUCAACGAUGAGUGCAAGAAUCUCACGGGCACGUUCAACUGCACUGCCGGGCAAUGCCUGAACAUAACCGAUGCCUUCGAGUGCGUCUUCCACAACAGCGAUGCGCCCGUCAAGUGCUCCGGGCGACGCGGCAAAAUCAACUGCAUGGACAUAAGCGGCCUGUUCAGCUGCAGUCGUGGCACCUGCCGCAAAAUACGCACGCCCUACAACUGCGACAGGCGCUGCGUGGACAUACCCACUCGCAACAAGAACGUGGUGGUGCUCAGCGGGGACAAGGUGUAUCUAUCUCAAUGCCAGAAUGCCAUCAAUGCCGAGACGAUGGAGGAGGUGUGGAAUGAGUCCAGCGACAAUGUGGCCAUGACUUCGUGUUACUUCAUCAAGCACACCUCGGAUCGCGUGGAUGCAGUGGACUGCAUCAAUGGCUCCACGCUGGAGCACAACAUGCUCAGCGAUCUCACCAAUUUUACAUAUCUCAGUCAUUUGCAUGUGUCGGUGGCGACGCCAGUGCCGGAGAUAGCGCCGCCAGAUGUUGAUUUGACCAUAUCGAAUGAGUCCAAGCUGAUGAUAAAUUUGGAGGGCUGCGUCAACACGCUCAUGGACGAGUGCAAAGAGUUUCUCAAGGACUUUGGGCGCGACGGCAGCGAUCAUAAUGCACGUGCUCGAUUUCCCUGCUUCUACUCGCCCACGAAGAAGGAUGUGGUGGUGGCACGCUUCGAUCUGGAGGUGACCUAUCGCCAGUUUGUGUUCGCCUCAGUGGUGCCGUCCGUGCUGUUUGUCGUCUCCUGCUCGGUGCUGUUGCUCUGCCAGAAAACCGUCUAUGUGGGCGACGAUGCCAAGAUGCGUUUCAAGGGCUGCGUCGAUACGGACACCAUACUGUCCAAGAGCAACGUCGGCGCGCCCACCAACGGCGACAUGGGUGGUGGCGGUGGCGACGAGGUCAUGGCGCUAUGAGAUCCGUCACGCAUUCCUCUGCUCCAGGAAGACAGUCCGGUGCAUCAGACUGGCGUCUUCGCUUUGCAGUAAUGGAGUUGGGCACAAACACCACCACCACCACUCACAACUCUUUGUAAUCCUUCCAUCGAGAACUUCUAACAAGCGACCACCCACACACACACGCACACAAACUCACACACACACGCACACAGACACGUACACGGACAACUGAGAGGCUUGCAAGGACACUACUGAGGCUAAACACUGAAUUAACUGUUUAAACACAUGCCAGGCACGUGAAAUUUUUCGAAAAAACGACAAUAUUAGUAUAAUUUGUAUAUUUUUGGAUAAGCUUAAAGACUUAGUGCGGGGGGGGGUUAAGGUAUUGGGCGCAGUGCAGCAAAGGUUGAUUGAUUAUUUAAUUAAGUUUACAGCACAGUUAAUUGCACUCACACAUACAUGCAUACAUAAAUCACAGCACGCACACAACUACACUUACACACACACACACAUACAUCGAUAUUAGCCCUUAGAAAAGCAGGCAAUUAAAUUCAACAAUGGUCAAAUGGCUUGGAGGGAUGCGUGAUCAAAACUAAAAAAAAAAAAGACAAAAUGAAAAACGAUUUAAAAACAACUACAAACGUACUAAAUAAA